AUAACCGUGAAAUAAAAGAACCAAUCUUGACAAUUACUGUUGCAUUUGGCAGUCUAAAGAGGUUGAAAUAAUCGGAGGAAGAUUGCAUCCCAUAAUUCUCGGUUGAAAACUGGGGGUCAAGAGGUCAAGGUUUAAAAGGCAGGCCCAGGUGAGAGGAAAUGAGCGGGAAAAUUUCUGUAGAAGACUUUGGGACGACACCUGAGGGUCGUGCAGUCCAGCGCUUUGUCCUCAGGAACAACAACAACGUCUGCUUAAAGCUCAUCUCCUACGGAGCGACAAUCCAGGCCAUAGAAGUGCCGGAUAAGGAUGGGACGGUCGCUGACGUGACACUAGGAUUUGAUACUUUAGAUGGAUACCUUGGCAAGCACCCGUACAUGGGUGUUGUGGCUGGGAGAGUUGCCAACAGGAUAGCCAAGGGGACCUUCUCACUGGACGGGCAGGAGUACAAGUUGGCUGUUAACAACGGUCCAAACCACCUACAUGGCGGACUGAAGGGCUUCAGCCAUUACGUGUGGGACAGCUGUGUGGACGGAGACAGUGUCAAGUUCACCUACGUGAGCGCAGACGGCGAGGAGGGUUAUCCCGGGGAGGUCACCGCUCAGGUCACCUACAAACUGACCAAUGACAAUGAGGUUGACAUCCAGUAUCAGGCCACCACAACCAAGGCAACUCCUAUCAACCUUACCAACCAUGCCUACUUCAACCUGGCAGGACAGAGCGAGCCAACUAUCUAUGAUCAUGUUAUUGCCAUCAUGGCAGACAAGUACACUCCAACGGAUGAUGAUGCCCUCACAACAGGUGAAAUCUGCGGAGUGGAGGGGACCCUGUGGGACCUGCGGGAGGGGGUGAGGAUGGGCGACCGUCUCAACUCUGUCCCAGGGAAGGAACCUGGCUACGAUCACAACUUCUGUAUCACACAGCCAGGCGACAAGCAGCUGUGUGCCAGGGCGCACCAUCCGGCCAGUGGUCGGACUAUGGAAGUACGGACCAACCAGCCGGGGGUCCAGUUCUACACAGCCAACUACCUGGAUGGGACAGUUGUGGGCAAGGGUAGGGCCAAGUACAACAAACACUCAGGCUUUUGUUUGGAAACCCAGGUCUACCCAGAUGCCAUCAACAAACCCCACUUCCCCAACAGUGUGCUGCGCCCAGGUGAGACGUACCACCACCACACCUCCUUCAAGUUCGUGCUGGGGUAGAGAUGUCACCAUGUCCUGACUUCUCCAUGUGUGCUGCCACAAAUACACCAAUGUGCCUUCAAUAAGUCCCAAUGUUCAGUCAAACUGUGUCUCUGAGGAUCGUGCAGACAGUAUAUCUUGGCCUCAAGUAUGGCAAACGGCCACAGAAAAUAUCAGAUAGUCCCAAUAAGAUCAUAAAAACUGGGGAAACUGCAUCUGGACUUAAAAUGAUCUUUCUUUCCUGUUUAAUACAUUCCACAUUGUCCACAAGGAAUACCCAGUGGAACAGACAUCAGAACAUUGUGGUAGAGUUUGGCAGCAGUUAGAAUAGAUCAUGGUGCAUUAAAUGCAUCUUUUUUUAUUGAUUCACACUCUGUGAUUUGGACUUGGGUCUCAGACCAUAUGGAAAAGCUUUGUUUCAAAGUUUGAUGCUUUGAGUCCAUUCCAAGUCGAUGUGAGGGUUGACAUUGCCAUUGUUUAUCAUGAAGGGUUUCAAUUCAUUGCUAUAAUCAAUAUACUAGUACAUUAUUUGACAUUGUCCAAACAUUUCAAAAUUUCAUUAGACAUUCUAAAUUUUUCCCCACUUUUGAUGGCCACUUUAGAAAUAUUUGCAAAUGUAAUAAUGAUUUCUAAUAGGUGGCACCCCUGCAUUUACUGUAUUUUUCUUUCAUUUGUAGUUUUAUAUUUUGAAAAUAAUUUAGAAUUCUAAUUUAAAAAACAUUACAAAUAUUAUCAAAAUCCCUUGUGGUGACUUUUAAUGGAGUCUACCUGUGAUUGUUGCCAACAUUUCUGCUACUGCUUCAUGUGCAUUGUAAAUUUCUGUCUGAUUGAAAAUCAGUGCAAUGAGAAAAAAAGCAAAUUCAUGGCAAGCAAGAGAGAAUGCAAACUCUGUUGAUUACAUGUUGCAAAGUAUUUGCAAGAAAAGUAGUGAUACUGGAAAGUAAAUGAGUCUUCCUUUUUAUACAUUUGUAAACAGUUAAGUUUAAAUUGAUAUUACUAGUUAUACAUACAUUUGUAAGCAUCAAUACAGAUUAGUGGUUUAGUUUUAUACAUGAAGAGAAAGAUUCAAGCAAUAUUUUACCAUAAUUUGUAUUACUACAUGUAGUAUUAAAUAUGAUAAAAACAACAUUCCUAAAAAUUUUUGGUCUUGUUGCCAUGUGUUCAUUCUAUUGAAAUAUAAUUCUAACUACAAUAUAUGUGGAAUAAACACAAUCACUACCUCUUACCUACAGGAUGAAGGAAAUCUUUUAGUUUGUGCAAUGCAAAUGAAGCUGCUAUGUGGUAAAAAUCUGAUUGUUAUGCUGAAACAGCUUUUCUAGAAUAAAUGAUGUA